UUCACCCUGUUACUACUCAGAAGGGUUAAGAUCUCAAUUAUUCAAAUUGUCAACUUAUCUCUCGCAUUUCUUUGACUUUAGGAAUUUUAAACUUUGAAGAUACAAGCAAAAGGCACACAAGGUUACGUUUGCAACUAUGAAGCGAACAAGAGUGGGCAUGUUAGGCCUUGCCGUCACGGCACUGGUGAUGAUAUCAAUGGUUAAGACAGAUGCCGAUGUGGCCAGGCGUCUCAACACUGAUGUUCGGGCAGCACAGGAGACCCGGAUGAAAGGAGAUAGGAGCGUUCGUUUGGGACGCCGUGAUGUCCGACGAGAAAAUGAACCAGCAACAAGGAGAAUGGAACGCCGUGAUGUCCGUAUCGAAAGCCGCGAUGUCCGACGGGAAACUGAGCGAACCACCAGAAGAAUUGAACGCCGUGAUGUCCGUAUGGAGAGACGGGCUGCAAGUGAACCUGAUGUCAGGAGAAUGGAACGCCGUGAUGUCCGUAUGGAGCGCCGUGAUGUCCGUAUGGAACGCCGUGAUGUCAGACGAGAAACUCAGCCAGCUACCGGGAGAAUGGAGCGCCGUGAUGUCCGCAUGGAAAGACGGGCUGCCAGUGAACCUGAUGUCAGGAGAAUGGAACACCGUGAUGUCCGUAUGGAACGCCGUGAUGUCCGACGGGAAACUGAGCCACCCACCAGGAGAAUGGAACGCCGUGAUGUCCGUAUGGAGAGACGGGCUGCGAGUGAACCUGAUGUCAGGAGAAUGGAACGCCGUGAUGUCCGUAUGGAGCGCCGUGAUGUCAGACGAGAAACUCAGCCAGCCACCGGGAGAAUGGAGCGUCGUGAUGUCCGCAUGGAAAGACGGGCUGCCAGUGAACCUGAUGUCAGGAGAAUGGAACACCGUGAUGUCCGUAUGGAACGCCGUGAUGUCCGACGGGAAACUGAGCAACCCACCAGGAGAAUGGAACGCCGUGAUGUCCGUAUGGAGCGCCGUGAUGUCCGACGGGAAACUGAGCCAGCCACCAGGAGAAUGGAACGCCGUGAUGUCCGUAUGGAACGCCGUGAUGCCCGCAUGACACGCCGUGAUGUCCGACUGGAAACUGAGCCAGACACCAGGAGAAUGGAACGCCGUGAUAUCCGCAUGGAAACACGGGCUGCCAGUGAACCUGAUGUUAGGAGAAUGGAACGCCGUGAUGUCCGUAUGGAGCGCCGUGAUGUCCGACGGGAAACUGAGCCAGCCACCAGGAGAAUGGAACGCCGUGAUGUCCGCAUGGAGACACGGGCUGCCAGUGAACCUGAUGUCAGGAGAAUGGAACGCCGUGAUGUCCGUAUGGAGCGCCGUGAUGUUCAAAGGGAAGCUGAGCCAGCCACCAGGAGAAUGGAACGCCGUGAUGUCCGUAUGGAGCGCCGUGAUGUCCGCAUGGAACGCCGUGAUGUUCAACGGGAAACUGAGCCAGCCACCAGGAGAAUGGAACGCCGUGAUGUCCGCAUGGAGACACGGGCUGCCAGUGAACCUGAUGUCAGGAGAAUGGAACGCCGUGAUGUCCGUAUGGAGCGCCGUGAUGUCCGACGGGAGACUGAGCCAGCCACCAGGAGAAUAGAGCACCGUGAUGUCCGCAUGGAGAGACGGGCUGCCAGUGAACCUGAUGUUAGGGGAAUUGAACGUCGUGAUGCCCGUAUGGAGCGCCGUAAUGUUCGACGGGAAACUGAGCCAGCCACCAGGAGAAUGGAGCACCGUGAUGUCCGCAUGGAGAGACGGGCUGCCAGUGAACCUGAUGUCAGGAGAAUGGAACGCCGUGCCGAUGUCCGACGACAAACUGAGCCAGUCACUAGGAGAAUGGAACGCCGUGAUGUCCGUAUAGAGCGCCGUGAUGUCCGACGGGAAACUGAGCCAGCCACUAGGAGAAUGCAACGCCGUGAUGUCCGGCGAGAAACUGAGCCAGCCAAUAGGAGAAUGGAACGCCGCGAUGUCCGACGGGAAACUGAGCCAGCCUCCCGGAGAAUGGAGCGCCGUGAUGUCCGCAUGGAAAGACGGGCUGCCAGUGAAUCUGAUGUCAGGAGAAUGGAGCGCCGUGAUGUCCGACGGGAAACUGAGCCAGCCACUAGGAGAAUGGAACGCCGUGAUGUCCGCAUGGAAAGACGGGCUGCCAGUGAACCUGAUGUCAGGAGAAUGGAGCGCCGUGAUGUCCGACGGGAAACUGAGCCAGCCAUUAGGAGAAUGGAACGCCGUGAUGUCCGUAUGGAACGCCGUGAUGUCCGACGGGAAACUGAGCCAGACACCAGGAGAAUGGAACGCCGUGAUGUCCGUAUGGAGCGCCGUGUUGCCCAACGGGAAACUGAGCCAGACACCAGGAGGAUGGAGCGCCGUGAUGUCCGACGGGAGACUGAGCCAGACACCAGGAGAAUGGAACCCCGUGAUGUCCGACGAGAAACUGAGCCAGCUACUAGGAGAAUGGAACGCCGUGAUGUCCGACGGGAAACUGAGCCAGCCACCAGGAGAAUGGAACGCCGUGAUGUCCGCAUGGAAAGACGGGCUGCCAGUGAACCUGAUGUCAGGAGAAUGGAACGCCGUGAUGUCCGCAUUGAAAGACGGGCUGCAAGUGAACCUGAUAGUGUCAGGAGAAUGGAGCGCCGUGCCGAUGUCCGACGAGAAACUGAGCCAGUCACUAGGAGAGUGGAACGCCGUGAUGUCCGCAUGGAAAGACGGGCUGCCAGUGAACCUGAUAGUGUCAGGAAAAUGGAACGCCGUGCCGAUGUCCGACGAGAAACUGAGCCAGUCACUAGGAGAGUGGAACGCCGUGAUGUCCGCAUGGAGCGCCGUGAUGUCAGACGAGAAACUGAGCCAGCCACCAGGAGAAUGGAACGCCGAGAUGUCCGCAUGGAGCGCCGUGAUGUCCGACGGGAAACUGAGCCAGCCACCAGGAGAAUGGAACGCCGUGAUGUCCGUAUGGAGCGCGAUGAUGUCCGACGAGAAACUGAGCCAGCCACAAGGAGAAUGGAACGUCGAGAUGUCCGUAUGGAGAGACGGGCUGCCAGUGACUCUGAUGUCAGGAGAAUGGAACGCCGUGAUGUCCGUAUGGAGCGCCGUGAGGUCCGACAAGAAACUGAAGCAACUUCUAGAAGAAUGGAACGCCGAGACGUUCGAAUGGAAAGACGGGCUGCCAACGUACCUGAUGUUAGGAGAAUGGAACGCCGUGAUGUCCGACGCGAAACCGAAUCCGCUUCUAGAGGAAUGGAACGGCGUAAUGUACGCAUCGAACGACGUGAUGACCGACGGGAAACUGAAACUGACAGCAGAAGAAUCGAACGCCGCCAAGAGACAAGACGCGUUGCCGAGCUGGCACUCCGUAAACUUGACUCAAGCAGACGACAUGAGACUAUCCGAUUUGACCUCUCAGCCAAGGACGCCACGAGACGUGACCGGAUGAUGGAACGGAGAGUGGAUACCAGACGCACCAUUCCAGAGAAAUACGCUAAUCCUCAGCCAGAGUACCUACUGGAUGUCUACCAAAAGAGGAAGGAUGAGAUACCCGAACUCAGCCUGUUCACCUUCGAUCACGUCUCCAAAGCAAUCUUGAUUGGCCUGACCGGUUACCUGACCUUCCGAAACCAGGGCAAGAUGGCUGUCGGAUACUGAAGCGAGACUUAGACACGACAACGGAAAUAACUUGACGACUCCGACACGGACAGUUCGUCUGUUUUGUGUCAGAAUCGUGUCGCGAGGAGACAGGGAGAGUGGGAAGUCUUUAUAAAGGACAUUAGGCUAUAACCAAGAUGGACGCUAAAUGUGCACUUAGGGUAGAUGAGCUAACUUUGAUGAAGAUGGGUGGAAGGGUGCGCUUCCGGCAUGUGCUGUAAUUAACCUAGCCAAAACAUGAGGCAGCAUUAGUUGUGCUCAUUUUUAGAGAAUAAGAACAGCCUCUCUCUACUGGCUACAUGGCUUUCCGUUGGAUUGAAUUUGGUAAAGUUGAAAUCCAGUACGUUAUUGCAGAUACCGAUAACAACUUCCUACACUGGUAGCACUAGCAUGGAGGGAAAGGUUAGAGUAUAUGGGUUCGCUUAUCAUAGAAUUGUUUCUAGGGGAUAGGAUUUUCGGAAAGUUUAUGGUUGGCACAGCAUGAAUAUGCAUGUACGCAUUCUGUCAUCACGUACUGGAAAAAUCUACUAAAUCAUAGGCCUGUUUAUAACUGCUCAUGCCGGAAUCUACGUCAUUCUAUCAUCUUGGAAUUAGAAAAUAUGGCUGACAAUGUAAUGUUGUCCUAAAGAAAUUGUUUGCUUGAUGUGACAUACCUCUCCAAAAACUUUUGGGGUAGGUAGGUAUAGGUAUAGACAAAGACAUCUUUUAUGAACAACAAAUCAAACGUUUUCCAGCGAUUCCAAAAGACCCUUAAGUAUGAAAGCAAUCUUUAGAAGAAAUAAGGUAUUCUGUAAAUAUUCCUUUAUAUUCCUGACUCAAAUCAUUUAGAGAAAGGGUGGUGUUUUCUAUUGGGAGGUAUGGUUUGUCAACCAAACAAAUUUCAAGGGCAGCCUAAUAUUAACUAAUGACUUGCUAUAAAAGACUGGGGCCUUUUAACAUUCCAUUUUAUACGUAUACUGAGCAAUACCGAGGAAUAAAAAAGGAAUCACGCACAAUUUCAUCAGAAAGAAUAUCUGUUCCCAUUCACGUUUUGGGAUUGGGACUGAUGAAGGGUAUUUUUUUAAUAUAAAGUUACUAUAAAACUACACGAAUCCUGUCUUUUUGUACUCACUAUUUUAUAUUUGGCAAAGUUUCUUGAAAGGUAUUUGAUUCAGCUAUUCAUUCAUUAACCGUCACUGCAUUUAGUCAAAUCAUUCUCAAAAACGCCCGAUGAGAACUGUGAGCGAUAUGACGAUCAUUGAACAGAUUGGGAAGAUUAGAAAGAUGUGAGACUUAGACAAUUCAAGAGGAGGAAAGGUAAAGGUGUACCUUAAUAUAUAAUUCACCCUGUAGAAGCAACUCUUUAACCUCUUCGGGUGUAACCCAUCUCCCACAUCUCCGAGUCAAGGCCAACAUGCUCCCUGAGCAAAUUCAACCUCAGACUGAAGACCAGGUUUAAACACGGCCCUCUUGUAUGGCUCGUACAUCCAACUAACAGCUUCAUUGAGGGUGACUUGACUGAUGUUGACGAUCACAAAAGUAAUGCAUAGAUUUGUAUAUUUUGUUUAAGAUGUAACAAAGUACACGUAGCAAUAAAGAGAGUUUAUGUUUAGCAAAAA